GGCUGUGCCACCCGCAGCCGCCUACUCAAGCGGCUCAGCCACUCACUGCGCCUGGUGCCUGCAACAUCGACCCAAUCCGGACUCCGGACGCGGCUCUUCACAGCCUUGGGGUUGGACUGCGGUCUGCGCCUUGCGGCUUCCGGGUGCGGGGUCAGCGCAGAAACAUCACGCGGCCAGGAUGGAGGUGACGGUGACGGUGGAUCCCAAGGAACGCAGCCUCUGGGACGAGCCUGUGCGCAUCUUGGCCAGCGGCCUGGCCCCUGGGCAGCGGGUCACGCUGCGCGCGUCCCUGCGCGACGAGAAGGACACGCUCUUCCGGGCCCACGCGCGCUACUGCGCCGAUGCCCAAGGCCGGCUGGACCUGGCGCGCGCGCCCGCCCUGGGCGGCAGCUUCGCGGGGCUCGAGCCCAUGGGGCUCUUCUGGGCCCUGGAGCCCGACAAGCCUUUCUGGCGGUUUCUGAAGCGGGACGUGCAGACGCCUUUCGCCGUGCAGCUGGAGGUGUGGGACGGCCACGAUCCGGAGCCCGAGCGGCUGCUGGGCCAGACGGAACACGAGCGCCACUUUCUGGGGCCCGGGGUGCGGCGGGAGCCGGUGCGCGCGGGCCGAGUGCGCGGCACGCUCUUCCUGCCUCCAGGUCCUGGACCUUUCCCUGGGAUCAUUGACAUCUUUGGUGUAGGAGGGGGCUUAUUGGAAUACCGGGCCAGCCUUCUGGCUUCCCAUGGCUUUGCCACAUUGGCUCUAGCUUAUUACGACUUUGAAGAUCUGCCAAAGAAUUUUGACACCAUAAACUCGGACUACUUUGAAGAAGCUGUGAGCUACAUGGUUCAGCACUCCCAGGUAAAGGGUCCAGGCAUUGGACUUCUGGGCAUUUCUUUAGGGGCUGAUAUUUGUCUCUACAUGGCCUCAUUUUUAGAAAAUAUCACAGCCACAGUGUCCAUCAAUGGAUCUGGAUUCAGUGGAAGCAGACCCAUGCACUACAAGCAGACUAGCAUUCCCCCAUUGGGCCAUGACCUGAAAAGAGUCAAGGUAACUUUCUCAGGCCUGUUGGACAUUGUGGAUAUACGGAAUGACAUUGUAGGUGGAUAUGAGAAUCCCUGCAUGAUUCCCAUGGAGAAUGCUGAGGGGCCUAUUCUCUUCAUUGUUGGGGAGGAUGACCAUAACUGGAGGAGUGAGAUGUAUGCCCAAAGAGCCUGUGAACGUCUACAGGCCCAUGGAAAGGAAAAGCCCUUGGUUCUUUCUUACCCUGGGACUGGGCAUUACAUUGAGCCCCCUUACUUCCCUAUGUGUCCAGCUUCCUUGCACAGAGUUGUGAACAAACCUGUGAUAUGGGGUGGGGAGCCCAGGGCUCAUUCUAAGGCCCAGGUAGAUGCAUGGGAGCACAUCCUAGCCUUCUUCUUCAAACAUCUAGGAGGUAUCCGGAAGACAUCUUUCUCCAAGUUGUAAUUUAUUGGUUUAUUGUGGACACAAUAGAUUGAAGGUCAGAUUCUAGUGCUUAAUAUUCUUAUGUCCUCCGGUUUACAUUAACUUUGUCUUAGUGGUAUAAUGUGUUUUAGGUAACUUUAAUGUUUUUUCAUUGAUUUUUAUUAAUGUAAUACAUAUCUAUUGUAACAUUCCAUUAAAGAUAUACAAUAAAAAUAAAGAUAUGCAAUAGAAAAG